AGAGGAAAGAGAAAAGAGAAAAGCUCGAGAUUCACAGCUCCAAUUCUCUCCGACUAUCACCGUCUUUCUCAGGGUUUCUCUGUUCCGAUCAUCGAUAUCUACUGCAAAUACUUCGCUCUUUUUCUAUCUAUCUAUAUAAUUGUUUAUCUCUCGAGGGUUGUGCAUCGACAAGGUUCAUCAUGGCGACUGCGUCAGUGGCAUUUAAAUCUAGGGAGGACCAUCGAAAGCAGAUGGAAUUGGAAGAAGCGCGUAAGGCUGGGCUUGCACCAGCUGAAGUUGAUGAGGAUGGAAAAGAAAUCAACCCUCAUAUUCCUCAGUAUAUGUCAUCUGCACCUUGGUAUCUCAAUGCAGAGAGACCGAGUUUAAAACAUCAAAGGAAAUGGAAACUAGAACCCAAUUUUACAAAGUCAUGGUAUGACAGAGGUGCAAAAAUAUUUCAUGCUGACAAGUACAGGCCGGGUGCAUGUGAAAACUGUGGAGCAAUGUCACACAAUGCAAAGUCAUGCACGGAAAGACCCCGCAAAAUGGGUGUAAAGUGGACAAACAAGAGCAUUGCACCAGAUGAGAAGGUCCAUGUGAUUGAAAGGUAUGAAGCAAGGGAUGAAGCUAGAAAGAAAUACUUGAAAGAACAACAGCUUAAGAAGUUAGAGGAGAAAAACAGUAACCAAAAUGGAGAAGAUGGGGUCGGUGACGAUGAAGACAAUGAGGAUGAUCUUAAAGUAGAUGAAGCCAAGGUUGAUGAGAGCAAACAGAUGGACUUUGCGAAGGUUGAGAAGCGUGUUCGCACAACUGGUGGUGGAAUCUUCCAUGGAAGUGCUUGUUGGAACUUGCGUAUUCGAGAGGAUACAGCAAAAUACCUUCUUAAUCUUGAUGUCAACUCCGCGCACUAUGAUCUCAAAACACGGUCCAUGCGUGAGGAUCCUCUUCCUGAUAUGGAUCCAAAUGAGAAGUUCUAUACAGGAGAUAAUGAUAACAGAGUAAGUGGUCAAGCUUUAGAGUUCAAGCAGCUUAACAUCCAUGCUUGGGAAGCAUUUGAGAAGGGACAUGAUGUUCACAUGCAAGCAGCUCCGUCACAAGCUGAAUUGCUUUAUACAAAUUACAAGAUCAAUAAGGAGAAAUUGAAGUCCCAGACAAAGGAUACUAUUAUGGAGAAGUAUGGCAGUGCAGCUACUGAAGAAGCUCUUCCAAAAGAGCUUUUACUGGGACAAAGUGAAAGAGAGGUUGAAUAUGACCGUGCUGGUCGGAUUGUAAAGGGCCAGGAGACAUCCCUUCCUAGGAGCAAGUACGAAGAAGACGUGUACACUAACAACCACACAAGUGUCUGGGGUUCAUGUUGGAAGGAUCAUCAAUGGGGUUAUAAGUGCUGCAAACAAACAAUCCGAAACAGCUAUUGUACCGGUAGUGCUGGAAUUGAAGCUGCUGAAGCUGCAGCUGAUCUUAUGAAGGCUAAUAUUGCUCGUAAAGAGGCUACUGAAGAUAUGUCUUCGCCAACUGAGGAGAAGAAGCUUGCUACCUGGGGAACUGAUGUACCCAACGAUUUGGUUCUAGACCAGAGAAAAUUGGCUGAAGCAUUGAAAAAGGAGGAUGAACGGAGGAGAGAAGAGAGAGAUGAGAGGAAGCGCAAAUACAAUGUCAAGUACAAUGAUGAGGUUACUCCUGAGGAGAUGGAGGCUUACAGGAUGAAGAAAAUGCACCAUGAUGAUCCAAUUAAGGACUUGCUGCACUGA